AUGUCGACAAAGAUUGCAUUAUCCGACCGCUCGGCCGACGAGAGCUACAAACUCUUCUCUAAGGUGCAGGUAUCUGACCCGACACCAGAAGAAGCUCGAAGAAUCCGCAACAAAUGUCUCUGGAGAAUCCUUCCUUUCCUAUGUAUCGGAUAUCAUCUGAUGUAUGUGGAUAAGCAGACACUCGGGAGCUCAGCAAUCCUUGGGAUCCUGGAAGAUGCAAAAUUGAAUUCAAACCAAUACAACUGGCUUUCCUCUAUAUUUUACUUCGGUUACAUGGUAGCCGAGUGGCCGCAAAACUGGGCAUUACAACGAUUUCCCGUUGGGAAAUGGCUAGCCGGCAAUCUGAUCGUUUGGGGUGGUAUAACGCUACUACACAUUCCGUGCAACAUUUUCGCGUCUCUGUUUGUUGUCCGAUUCCUCCUCGGGCUAAGCGAAGCCUGUAUUGUACCCGCAUUUCUUCUUUCCAUGUCUAUGUUCUUCACAUAUCAGGAGCAAGCUGUAAUGAUGUCAGUCAUGUGGUCAAUUGGCAACUCAAGUCCCAUUACUUCUGGUUUCCUAUCAUACGGUGUUCUGUGGAUUAAGACAGGGUCAUUUCACCCUUGGAAAUGGUUGAUGGUCAUCACCGGUGUAAUCACCAUCAUAUUCGGUGGUUUAGUAUACUUGUUUUAUCCUGACAGCCCACUGCACGCCAAUUUUUUGACCUACGAGGAACGAGCGCAAGCAAUCUUGAGGAUAAAAGACAACAAUUCUGGCAUCGAGCAGAAGCAGUUCAAGAAACAUCAAUUUGUUGAAGCCAUGAAAGAUCCGAAAACAUGGUUGUUUGCCCUACAUGCUUGGUCUCAAGAGAUGGGCAAUGGAAUUAACAAUCAGACUUCGUUAAUCAUCAAUUCAUUUGGCUUCACAGUUUUCCAAACUACAUUGCUUAGUACUGUGAGCGGAGUCAUAGCGUUCUUUACGCUCUCCGCAGCCGCAAUUGCGCUGCACAAGACCCGAAACUCUCGAGCAUGGAUAUCCCUCAUUGCAUAUGUCCCUGCUGUUAUAUCUAGUAUAUUAUUAUUAGCUCUCCCCUGGUCUAAUCGGUGGGGCCUCAUCGUGGGUGUUUGGCUACGAUACACCACGGGUGUGCCGUACGCUAUUGUAAUGAUAUGGGCAGCUAAUGCCUCUGCUGGGCACACCAAAAAGACGACAGUUAUUGCUCUCUACCAUAUCGGAUAUGGACUGGGAAAUAUUAUUUCCCCCCAACUUUUUGAGCCUCGAUGGAAGCCUCGAUACAAGCCAACAUGGAUCAUUUUGUUGAUUGUCGCUGCUAUCCUCCCUUCCAUUAUCAUCAUUAUCCUUCGAAUUUAUCUAAGCCGCGAGAAUAAGCGGCGCGAUAAACUCGAGGCGGAUAAUAUUGUAACCAGCAAUGGCCUUGUGGAAACGACAAACGCCGAUGGAACUAAAGAGGUCCGUGUAGUGGACACUAAUCAGCUUGACUUGACUGACAGAGAAAAUCUGAAAUUGUGA